AUGACCCGAUUUCCAAAAGUCAUAAAAGACACCGAGAGACCGUCACACGGAGACACCGAGAGACCGUCACACGGAGACACAGAGAGACCGUCACACGGAGACACCGAGAGACCAGACACCGAGAGACCGUCACGCGGAGACACCGAGAGACCGUCCCGCGGAGACACCGAGAGAUCGUCCCGCGGAGACACCGAGAGACCGUCCCGCGGAGACACCGAGAGACCGUCCCGCGGAGACACCGAGAGACCGUCCCGCGGAGACACCGAGAGACCGUCACACAGAGACACCGAGACACUGUCACGCGGAGACACCGAGAGACUGUCACUGAAAGACAGAGAGACACUGUCCCGCGGAGACACCUACCUCUGA